UUUUUUUUUUUGGUGGGGGAGUGGGAUGAGUGCAGUGGGUGAUAUAAAGUUUACAUGGAAAAUAAAGAAUUUCUCCAAGCUUGAUUCACCGAAGCUAUACUCAAAAGUCUUCUCCCUUGAAGAUUACAAAUGGCGGAUACUAAUGUUCCCCAAAGGCAACAAGGUGGAGCAUUUGUCAAUUUUCCUGGAAGUUGCAGAGUCAGAGACUUUGCCCUCUGGUUGGAGUCGAAAUGCAGAAUUCUCCGUGACUGUUGUCAACCAAAUUGAUAACAAAUCCUCAGUUAGAGAAGGUGCAGAGCAUAAAUUUAAUGCACAGGAAAAAGAUUGGGGCUUCUCUAAAUUCAUCCCCCUUGAGGAAUUGCAUGACCUUGGAAAGGGUUACUUGGUGGAAGACACAUGCAUAAUUAAGGCUAAUGUAACCGUAUUCAGCGACGAGUCACAUGGUUCAAACAAAGAGGCCAGUGCCACAAAAAGCUCAACUAAAGAAGAUAUUGAUGCAUUCUUCGUGGAUUUGGACUCUGAGAUUUCCAGUAGUAACAAUCCUUCUUCAAAACAUGUCGUAGAAAUAGCUGUGAGAGUGAUAAGGAACGCCUUGAACAUGGAUCCAGCUGACUUAAAUGAUCCUGGAAGAAUUUCGAAAAUUAAAACUUCAUUUGAUGUUUUAUCUUCUUUUGAUGAUUGUUCUGUACUUACAGCUGAGCAAAAGGAAGAAUUACUAGCCAUGAAGGAAAAAUUUGUUGACUUGCCUGAGAGAGCAGCAAGAGCAGCUAAGGACAGGAAUCUGUGUACGCACAAGGCAUUUGUUAAGGUGACGCUUGGUUGCAAACUAGAAAGGUGCUUAAUUGAGUUUAAAAAGGCUAAGCAAGAAACCAAACACCAGGAACAACAGAUUGCCACCCUCCAGGAGCAAGUUAAUUCCCUCCUUGCUCAAAUUGAUGAGGCACGAAAGAAGAGAGACAAUAUCUCGUCCAAGCAGAAAGAGAUGUUUGAACUUUCCAAGGACUUGAAAGCUGAACUUGACGUGCUAGAAAAGCGGUGGCCAGAGUAUGAAGCAAAGAUGAAGGCUGCCGAAGAGGAGGAGGAGAUAGUUAGAACAGAAUGGCAAAAAAUGAAACAAUUUGUUUCAUCUCUAAACAAACCUUUCUACCUUAGACUCCUAUAUUAAUGCCCUGUGUUGAAUAUUUGGCUUAUAAAUCAAGGUUCCAAAACUAU